UCAACAAGCUCACCCCAAGCUAAGUCACCGGCAAGCAGCAGUGCUGGCGCUGCAGCCGGAGCCUCGACAGCCCAGGGAGAAAGGACACCAACAGUGCACAACAAACAGCUUCAAAAUGUCAAGGGACAGGACCACCCGCCGCAUCCUUCCAUGGCGUUUCUUCAGAACCGGUCCAUCUCAUUGGUGGACAUGUACAUCGACAAUUCGGAGCCUUCAGAGAACGUUGGCCAAAUACAUUUCUCCCUGGAAUAUGACUUCCAAAACACUACAUUAAUCCUUAGGAUCAUACAAGGCAAGGAACUCCCAGCAAAGGAUUUAAGCGGGACCUCUGACCCUUACGUCAGGGUAACCUUACUGCCAGACAAGAAGCACCGUCUGGAAACGAAAAUUAAACGUCGAACCUUGAACCCGAGGUGGAACGAGACCUUCUACUUCGAAGGUUUCCCCAUACAGAAACUGCAAAGCCGGGUAUUACAUCUCCACGUUUUCGACUACGAUCGUUUCUCGCGAGAUGACUCCAUCGGCGAAGUGUUUUUACCUUUAUGUCAAGUUGACUUAAGCGAGAAGCCUUCGUUCUGGAAGGCUCUCAAGCCGCCAGCCAAGGACAAGUGUGGUGAGCUUCUGACAUCAUUAUGCUACCAUCCCAGCAACAGCGUGCUUACACUGACACUGCUCAAGGCUAGAAACUUAAAGGCGAAGGACAUCAACGGGAAAUCAGAUCCCUACGUAAAGGUCUGGCUCCAAUUCGGCGACAAACGCAUUGAAAAACGCAAGACAGCCGUCUUCAAAUGCACGCUGAACCCCGUCUUCAACGAUUCUUUCUCCUUCAACGUUCCGUGGGAGAAGAUCAGAGAAUGUUCUCUCGAUGUACAGGUUAUGGACUUCGACAACAUUGGCCGCAACGAGCUCAUUGGCAGAAUACUUCUAGCUGGUAAAAAUGGCUCCGGAGCCACAGAAACGAAACACUGGCAGGACAUGAUCACAAAACCUCGACAGACCAUCGUUCAAUGGCACCGCUUGAAACCCGAGUAA